CUUGUGAAAUACAAGUGGCCUUCUAUACCUCGUGACUGCUUCAGUCAUGGCCACGGAAAUACGGUGUUUUACGCAUCCAGAAGCAUGCCCCCUCUACGAUCAGCGAGGGCUUCCAAAGCGUGUGAUCUCUGCCACAAGUACAAGACGAGGUGUUACGUGCCGCAAGUCAGUGGUGGCACCUGUCUCCGCUGUGAGACACUUUCCCAACCAUGCUCGCUACAGCGGUCGCCGCAUAUACGGCCAAUCUAUGAGCCUCAUUCAGAUUUGCGUAGUCCAGCAGCCGCGCGAAACGAUGGUUCCGUAUCCGAAAGGCUUGCGCGUCUUGAGACAGCAAUGCAGACUGUCGUUCAGCGUCUCGAUGCCAAUUUCGGGAGGCUGACUUUGACAAACACUCCCUCGGCGGAAUCUCCGGAGCGCAAUCGUGCCCCUGUUUUGCUGAUUCGAGACGCCGCGGCUGACGCUGGGCUUACUACCUCUCAGUCCCAUGACGACGGCAUUGAAGUCUCGGAGCCAGACAUCAUUGCCAGUGGACUGAUGACAGCGACAAUGGCCAACUCUCUCAUCCAAAUGUUCCAUGAGCAUUAUGGUCGCUGGGUCAGAUUCUCGCAGGACCUCCCCACUGUCAUGCUCCAAUUGCAGACCAAGCGAGCCCGCUUGCUGCUCUACAGCGUCUUGCUCAUUGCCGUGCGGCAUAUAACGCAAGAUCUUGCCGAUCACUUGGCCCCGAAGCUCUUCCAAGAAGUCAUGAAGCUGCUACAAAAGGCGAUGCUCGUGGCGGAUCAGCCCAUAGAGUUUUUCCAAGCCGUCGUGAUUCUGAGCCUCUGGUCAUCGACUAUCGGGCAACGACCUCUGAGUAUUGACAGUUGGCUUCUCACCAGCCAUGCUUUCAUGCAAGCAACAGCGAGCCCUACUUUUGCGCGCAUUCUUCAGCCCUCGUAUAAGCGAGCCUCAUCACAAGAAGGCGACUUGGACGUCAUAUAUCUUUGGAACCAUCUUUGCGUUGCGCACUUGCAGUACUGCGUGGUGCUCCAACGACAGUCGUUUCUCAAUCAGGCUCAGAUCGACCAAUGUCUGCGGAUGGCUGAAGGGGACGAUGCCACCAAUUAUGAGGCUCGGAUGGUUGCAGAAGUGCAGCUAUAUUGGUUCAUCUAUCAAGAGUCCUGCAACAGUCAGCCAGUUACCACAGGUGCCAACACCAUGCUACAGACUUGGAAACAACGCUGGUCUGCGUUAUUUGGUCAACAACGAUCUCAGUUUUUGCAGAUGGGCUUUUACUUUGGACAGCUGCUGACGAGUCAUCAAGCCUUGUGCAGCACCUCCACAAGCUCCAAGAGUUCGAUACUUGCGGAGAUGGUUUACCUCUCCAAGACGAUCAUCAACCUGGCCAUAGAAACGGCAGACGAACGGACGCGCCACCUCACGGAUCACAUAUAUCACAUCUUGACCUUCUCAGCCCUCACGCUCACUCAAAUCCUUCAUACAUAUGAUUCAAACCUCCAAAUGGCGGGGCAUGAUGUUGUCGCACUUGAUCGGCUAGUCAUUAAGCUUGCGAGUUGGUUGAAGUCGAUUGGCCUACGGUGCCACAUCUCCUACAUGUUUAGCCAGACGCUUACGAUGAAGCUCAAAAAGCUCAGAAGCUGCUCUGGCCCUCAUGGCAUGGCCGCUGACACGGGGCUCAGGGAGUCUGCAAUGGCUAUACCGAGCGUAGAAGACGAAACUGAGUCAGACAUCGCCUUCCCGUUCCCUGACUUUAUAGACUCGGAACUCUUAGGCCUGGUGACAAACACUGACAGCUGGCCCCAAUGGGACUCGAACUAG